UGACAGUAUUUCAUCACACUGAGGGACUUGUUCCCAAACGAUCGCGUGUUGCUUCUUAUCAACAUCCCGAGUCACAAAUAGCUAACCCUUCGGAAAGUGAAAGCGGGUGAAAGCUCCUGCAGCUAGGCGCUCCUAUCGGUCGGCAUUUAGCAAGCCUCUGUUCACACAGUGCGGAAGGGAGUACGGGAAAGAUGGGACAAAUGUCAGCAUUCAGUUGGAAUGUAGGGGGCUUGGCAUGUGAGUGAGAUGCCAGAGUAGUUUACAUUCAUAACGUUUGUUUAUUACAGACAUUUAGGUGUGAUAGCCUACCUUUGAGAUUCGAGACUCUGGUAGGACAUAUGCUUCUUACAAACAAUAGCUACUGACAGCGAAGACAGUAGUAGAAAACAGAAUUUACCGACAGAGCGAGCUGUCAGCUGUGCCUCCCCUCUUCUACACAGUGGUCCAGGACGGUCUGACACGGAUCUUGCAGGGUGUUAAUGUGAGAGGCCACCAUCCACUCGCCGCCUUUGUGCUUCCCCCCCGCCGUGUGAAUCGCCAUGGCGAUGAGCAGCGACGCCGCCAAGAUCGGCGACCGGGUGGCGGCCCUCUCCGUGGCGGACCCCUCCGGGACGCCCGAGGCCUCCAACGGCGUGCGGAACGGCGCCGUGGCCAAGAAGAAGCCCGUGGCCCAGCGGCCGGGGCUCUCGGGCAGGAAGAUGUCGCUGCAGGAGCGCGGCACCUGCCGCUCGGCGGGCGGAGGAGGAGGUCACCUGCACACGUCCCCCCGAGUGGCCCGCAGGCCCACCAUCGAGUCCAAGUGCAUCUCCAUCUCCGACACCCAGGACUGCAUGCGGCUGAACCAGUACAAGCUCCAAAGUGAGAUCGGCAAGGGCUCCUAUGGGGUAGUGAAACUAGCCUACAAUGAAGACGACGAUAAGUAUUAUGCAAUGAAAGUGGUGUCGAAGAAGAAGCUGAUGAAACAAUGUGGAUUCCCCCGACGUCCACCUCCCCGAGGCCCAAAAGCAGCUCAGGGGGAGCAGCCCAAAGUUCUGGGCCCAUUGGAGCGAGUCUACCAGGAGAUCGCCAUCCUCAAGAAACUGGACCACCUCAACAUAGUCAAGCUGGUGGAGGUUCUCGAUGACCCGAGCGAGGACAAACUGCACAUGGUGUUUGAGCUGAUGCAGAAGGGACCUGUGAUGGAGGUACCCACGGACAGCCCCUUCACUGAGGAGCAGACGCGUCUCUAUUUUAGGGACAUGGUCCUCGGCAUUGAGUACCUGCACUACCAGAAGAUCGUCCACCGGGACAUCAAGCCGUCCAACCUGCUGCUGGGCGACGACGGCCACGUCAAGAUCGCCGACUUUGGCGUCAGCAACCAGUUCGAGGGCAACGACGCGCUGCUCUCCAGCACGGCCGGCACGCCGGCCUUCAUGGCGCCCGAGACCCUCUCGGACGUGCGCAAGAGCUUCAGUGGGAAGGCUCUGGACGUGUGGGCCAUGGGAGUGACCCUCUACUGUUUCGUCUUUGGGAAGUGCCCCUUCAUUGAUGAAUACAUCUUGGCUCUUCACAACAAAAUCAGGAGUAAGCCUGUGGAGUUUUCUGAAACGCCGAUCAUUAGUGAAGAGCUGAAAAACCUCAUCCUAAAAAUGUUGGACAAGAAUCCAGACACCAGGAUCACAAUACCAGAGAUCAAACUGGACGCGUGGGUGACGCAGAAGGGAGCAGACCCGCUACCCCUAGAGGAGGAGCACUGCUCUGCUGUGGAGGUGACAGAGGAGGAGGUGCAGAACUCUGUCAAGUGUGUGCCCAGCCUGUCUACUGUGAUCCUGGUCAAGUCCAUGCUGAGGAAGCGGUCGUUUGGGAACCCGUUUGAGUGCCCGAGCAGGAGGGAGGAGAGGUCCAUGUCCGCCCCGGGAAGCCUAUUAAUAAAAGGGAGUAGUGGUGAGGCGGGCCGUGAUGUGGAGCUGGAGGACCUGCAUGAAGAUGAACCCCCCUCCUCCUGAGAGCCCCCCCCCCCAUGACCCUGUGACCCCG